UUUAAUACCCCGAUCAGACCGGAACUUCCUUUUGUGUAAAGAUGGCGGCGCUCCGUGUCGUGGUCGCCGGCAGCGGGAGGACUCUCCUGAACUCCUCGAAAACUGUCCACGUUUCACGGGCCGGCAUGUCAUUCUCAAGCCUGCCGCAGGGAAGGAAAGUGGUCCUGUCUACGCUGGGCCUCCUAACAGCAGGGGGCGCUGGUCUGGCCCUGAUGCUGCACCAGUCUGUGAAAGCCUCAGAUCUGGAGCUGCACCCCCCCUCGUACCCGUGGAGUCACGGGGGCCUGAUGUCUUCUCUGGACCACGGCAGUAUUCGCCGCGGCUACCAGGUGUACAAGCAGGUGUGUUCCGCCUGCCACAGCAUGGAGUACCUGGCCUUCCGAAACCUGGUGGGCGUGUCCCACACCGAGGCGGAGGUCAAGACGCUGGCCGAGGAGAUUGAGGUGGUGGACGGCCCGGAUGACACUGGUGAGAUGUUCACCAGGCCGGGGAAACUCUCCGAUUAUUUUCCGAAGCCGUACCCCAACUCCGAAGCUGCCCGCGUGGCCAAUAACGGAGCCCUGCCCCCUGACCUCAGCUACAUCGUCAACGCCAGGCAUGGAGGAGAGGACUACGUGUUCUCCCUGCUGACGGGCUACUGUGAGCCCCCUGCUGGGGUUGAUGUCAGAGAGGGGCUCUACUAUAACCCUUACUUCCCUGGACAGGCCAUUGGCAUGGCCCCGCCCAUUUACAAUGAAGUGCUGGAGUACGACGAUGGAACGCCGGCCACCAUGAGCCAGGUGGCGAAGGACGUGUGCACCUUCCUGCGCUGGGCGGCGGAGCCGGAGCACGACCAGCGCAAACGCAUGGGGCUGAAGCUGCUUCUGGGUGCAGGCAUCCUGUUCCCUCUGGUCUACUACAUGAAGAGACACCGAUGGUCUGUGCUGAAGAGCCGGAAGAUCGCCUACAGACCGCCCAAGUAACGCGGCUAUGUCAGAUAUCACCUGCUACAGACCAUCCAUCCGAAACGGCCAUUCAGCAGCCGCUACCUACAGACCAUCCAUACGAAACGGGCAUUCAGCAGCCGCUACCUACAGACAAUCAAACUGACCCACCCAAUGACCCUCUCUGGACUCCACUCUGGGGCAUUCAAAUCCACGGGUGUCAGGGGGCAUUCAAAUCCACGGGUGUCAGGGGGCAUUCAAAUCCACGGGUGUCAGGGGGCAUUCAAAUCCACGGGUGUCAGGGGGCGUUCAAAUCCACGGGUGUCAGGGGGCAUUCAAAUCCACGGGUGUCGUUCCUCCUGAAGUGAACCAUCGUCCAGUCCAGGUUUUGCAGAAUUGAGAGACUGCUGGCGGUCUUCCACAAAGGCCCCUGGUUUAGUGAUCGGGGGACUGGGGGAACUCGGGCCUACAUUAAUUUGUGUUAUUUUGUGUCCUUGAAAUGACAUUUUAAAGGUUGUUGGUGCCCUCAGGCCCUUUCUGGGGGUGCAAUACCAUUUCAACGCCAAGUUCACUGCAGACUUAACGUAAUUAGCGGUAUUUCAUGUGCUCUGUAGACAUUUGGUUGUGUAAAUAUUAAAUGUUAAAUGGUAUACAUACACAUAACAUGCCGAGUGCACACAGGGAUGCUGACAUUGUUGUUUUUUUAUAUUCAUUCAAGUUGUUCAGGGGUCCUGACCCAAUUGGUAAAACUGAUUCCAUAAAAAUAAAAAUUAAAAAGGAAAUUCAAUAAAAAGGUUUUUAAAAUUUACA